AUGAACACGGUGGCAAAGCUUCACUUUCGGUCGCCGCCGGAUUAUCACCGCCACACCGGCGACCAAUUCCUCACCCGCCGCCUUAUUUGGGACCCUUCGGUUUGCGUCAGUGGUUGGGGAAGCAUUUGGGCUCGACCAUGCAUCAAAUCUGAAGAGGAAAAGUGCUGUGUUGUAGUGGAAACGAGCAAUGGUUUCGAGUCGAGAAAAGGUGUGAAUAAAUUGGUGGGCCUUGUUAGAAAUGCUGUGUGGAAAGUCUCCAAACCCAGCCUCCGAUCGCAGCCCAAUUUCGCAGAGGCGCUCGAAAAGUUGGAACGAACUUUAUUUUCUCUCUCGAUGCAUAUUGGGAGUUGGCUCGGAGGAAUUAUUAUUGGGACAAUGAUCGGUGCCAACAUGGUGCUAGAUGAAGUUAGUCGAUCCGGGCCCCGCAAUGUUGUUAUUACUGGAAGCACACGAGGACUUGGAAAAGCUUUGGCACGUGAAUUUUUACUUUCAGGUGACAGGGUUGUUGUUACUUCUCGCAACCCUGAAUCAGUUGACUUGACCAUCAAAGAACUGGCCGAGAAUCUGAAGCAAGUCAUAUUUGCCACAGGCGGUACAUCUAAACAACAUUUACGCCAUGCAAAAGUAGUGGGAAUCUCGUGUGAUGUCUCUAACCCUGAAGAUGUUAGGAAGUUGGCAAAUUUUGCUGUCACUGCAAUUGGUCCAAUUGAUAUCUGGGUGAACAAUGCAGGGACAAACAAAGGAUUUAGGCCUUUACUACAGUUUAAUGAUGACGACAUACAACAGAUUGUAUCAACAAAUUUGGUUGGGUCGAUACUUUGCACUCGUGAAGCCUUACAGAUAAUGGGAGGCCAAACAAAGGGUGGCCAUAUUUUUAACAUGGAUGGUGCCGGAUCUGGGGGCUCUAGCACUCCACUAACUGCUGUGUAUGGGUCGACAAAAUGUGGUCUUAGGCAGCUUCAAUCGUCUCUUCUGAAGGAGUGUAGGAGAUCAAAGGUUGGAGUCCACACUGCCUCACCAGGCAUGGUUCUCACUGACUUGCUUCUAAGUGGUUCGAGCGUACAAAACAAGCAGAUGUUUAAUAUUAUUUGUGAGCUCCCUGAGACAGUAGCCAGAACUUUAGUUCCUCGAAUGAGAGUUGUAAAGGGAAGUGGGAAAGCUAUCAACUAUUUGACUCCUCCAAGGAUAUUACUUGCUCUUGUCACUGCAUGGCUCAGACGUGGCCGCUGGUUUGAUGACAAGGGACGAGCACUAUAUGCUGCUGAGGCCGAUAGACUACGUAACUGGGCUGAAAGUCGAACCCGUUUUUCUUUCACUGAUGCGAUGGAGAUGUAUACAGAGAACACUUGGGUUUCUGUGUUUUCACUCUCUGUGGUUUGUGCUUUCAUAAUCUUAUCAAGCACCAACAGUACGAUGCCUGGGACCUGA